AUGAUGAGUUUGAUCAGUCCUAUAAAUUCUUUGUUUGAGAUGGAGGAAAUCGAAAGAGAUAGAGAAGCUGUGAGAAGGAUGAAGAAGUUUGACAAAGAAACAAUGGAGGCAGCACAUAGUGAGAGCCUUAAAAGCAAGAGAAUCAGUUAUAUUCCAAAUCUUGUUUCGAUGAGCACUUCUAAGCAUGCGAAGAAGAGCACAAAGCCUGGGGUGCUCAGCUUGAAAAUAAGAAGCAUGAGUACAAGGAACAUUUUAUUUGCAGUUUCCGAGUCGUUCAGGAACAUCGACAAAAAGAUAAUCAGGAAGCUUGAAAGAAUCAAGGAGGAGCUCAUUAAGAGAGAUGAUCUCUUUGAAUGCAUAGUAGACCAUAUAGAAAGCAUGGAUGUGAUAGAGGAUGAGCUUUUUUCGUGGUAUCCUGGGCUGAAGACAUCUGACAUAUUGAGCUUUUUUCUUGAUCUUAUGCCUAAUCUUCUGGAGAGGUAUAAGAAGUACUUUGUGAAAUCUCUAGUUCUUCACCAGGACCCAAAAAAGAAGAUCCUGAAUGUGCUCAGAGACAGACUUCACAAGAACCUACAGUGCUUCGAUAUCAUUGAGAGGGAUCUCGAGCUUUUUUCGAAGUUCUCAAAAAAUCUUUCUCCCGAGGGGCGGAUCAUUACUUCCUCCUAUUGGUGUGAGGACGAUGACAAGUGUGAAGAUGCCUUAAGGCUUUUCCCCCAACUUGAAGACAGGGUAUGCCUAAGCCCGGAUGUGUGUGUAGAAUUGUUCCAUCCGCUUUCGCACGCUGAGGUCCAGAUAAAUGGAAGAGACCUAGUUGUAUCAUUUGUGCAGCUUAAUGAUCUUCUGACAAGGAAUUCCAGGUCUCUUGACUUCUGGAUGAGGGAAGGGAUUGUGGACAAAGACUGGGUGUACUUAUAG